AUGUUUCCCACAAGCGCUUUGUUGUCCUUCAUCGUGUGGACUCUCCUACCCUCAUCAUCCGCCAACACAACACUUCACAGCGACACCAAGCAGGUUCUGACCGCUCAGACUGUGGCCACUUUAGCCAGCGGGUCCUCCACCAACCAGACCUCGACCAGCCCCACCCCCACCUCCCCCGCCUGGAACACCUCCCUGCUGUGCAAGCAUCUGGCCAACAUCACCGCCUCCCAGAAGAGCCCCCCGCCCCCCACGGAGGAGUCCAUCGAGGCUAAGUGUUUUCCUGGUUUUGUCUGCGUCAACGGCAUUUGUACAGGGGGCAUGAGCUGCAAGUGUAACGAGGGGUGGGCCGGGCUCUUCUGCCAGGAAAAGUGUCCAGAGAAAUGUGCGCCUGACGGCGAAUGCGCCACCAGCACCGGAAACCAGGCUAUCUGCAUCUGCAACGAGACUUCGGUCUACUCACCCGGCGAGGGGUGCGUGCCGCGGGUUGAAGAGCCGUCCACCACGACCGUGCCCACGACGACAGAAGGCAACCUGCGGCCCAGGUCGGAGCGGCUCUGUUUCGGCGCCAGCCUGUGCGUGCACGGCUACUGUGACCUGUCGUCCCUGCAAUGCCUGUGUGACAGGGGCUGGAAGGGUCAGCUGUGUAACGAGAAGUGCGACCUCAACUGCGGCAAGAACGGGAGGUGCCGAGAGAGCAGCGACUACAUCUUCUACUGCGUCUGCGACCCGGGCUACAACGGGUCCCGGUGUGAGAACCUCAUCCUCAAGCCGUUCAGCACGACCACCGUCGCCAGCACCGCGGGGUCAGAGGUCAAGGAUGCCCAGGCCAACAGCCUGUGGUACCUGGGCGACCAUUCCGGCGACGCCCCGACGUCCACCGUCCUGCCGGAAACGACCGGUGAACCGGACAACGGGACCUAUUCCUCAACGACCGCCUCUGUGGAGAACGUCACGGGUUUGGUCAACGUCACUGGAAGUGAUGUGGCGGUCAACUCGACGACAACAGCAUCGAUGGUGGAGGUCAAUACGACGAUGAGACCUUUGGAAGAGCGUCAGUGUGUGCCUGGUAUCGUCUGUGAGCACGGGUACUGCCAGAAAACUGCGCAGCUUGUCGCGUGUGUCUGCGACUCUGGGUACGCCGGCGCCCUGUGUGAGACCCCCUGCCCCCGGGCCUGUGGCGCCAACCAGACCUGCGACAUAGCAGGCGACGGGUCUCAGAUAUGCAGGUGUCGGGACGGGUACAGCGGCGCCAGGUGCAACGUGUACGACCCUCCAACAACGACGGCGUCCCUAACAACUGUUACUGACCUGGACCGUAUCUCAACGACCCCGGACAACGAGUCAACGACCUUGGUGCGCGUGUCCACGACCCUGGGGGUCCAAGCUAUGGACGACCCCUGGGAGCCACUGGCGGGGUUUGGUCCCCUCGUACCGCUGGCACUGCGCAUGUGCACGCAAGGGUUUGUCUGUCGCUAUGGCAACUGUUCCCGGGCGCUGGACGGGAUGCAGUGCGUGUGUGAGCCGUCGUUUAGAGACGUAUUCUGCAACGAGCCGUGUACCCUAGACUGUGGACCGAAAGGAAUCUGCCAGUUCAGUGAUAACAAAACGGAGGUGUGUGAGUGUACAGAUAAGCAUUACACUGGACCAACCUGCUCAGAGUUAAGGCCCUUGGAGGAAGAAGCCGGCCUGUCACCGUGGCUUGGAGUGGGGAUCGCAGCUGUUAUUCUUUUGGUCUCGUCCGCGACAAUUGUUCUGGCCAUCUACCUGAUGUGGAAGCAGCAGAACAUCACGAUCAUGAACUUGGUUUACUGGUUGCAGCCGUAUGAAGAUGAUGACGGAAGAGACUACGACGCCUUCGUGUCCUACGCCUCUGCUGACCAGGAUCGCCAGUUUGUCAUACAGACCCUGGUGCCACGACUGGAAGGCCGAAUGUGCUACACGCUGUGUAUUCACCAGAGGAACUUUAUCCCAGGCUUGUAUAUCACGGACAAUAUAACCGGAUCCGUGAAAAGAAGCCGGCGGACCAUCUUGAUCCUGAGUCCGGCAUUUGUGGCCAGCGGUUGGUGCAAGUUCGAAUACCAGAUGGCGCUACAGGAGAUGCUGUGUGAGAAGCACCGGAUCCUACCCAUAAUCCUAGGCGACAUCAGCCACCUCAAGCAAGACAUGGACGACACCCUGAAGACCAUCUUAAAGACAGUCACGUGGCUGGAGUACCCUGGGAAGGAUUCCUCAGACGAGGAAAUGGAAAAGUUCUGGAAACGUUUGGCACUGUCUUUACCCAAAAGACGACCUGGCCAGAUGGAGUCAAUGGCCAGUCAAUCUUGUCUUACCUCCCCUUCCACGCAAACCAAGCACGAAGACAUCGUAAGCGACGCGCUCAAAGCCCCGCUUGAAAUCAGAUCCUUCCACCACAGCCACCCUAAAGGUCCCCCGCUCAAACAAAUAGUCCGGGUCCCGGCGGUCGACCUCGACACUGAAUCCUCAUCAAGCCAAGCCCCCAUUUUUUGUUUACAACUCAACCGUCUGCUGAACGGGUCGAGUGAGAGCGACUCUAAACCUUCUAGCCUGUCGCCGUUAGACCCGUACUACGUCAGCCCACGUGAUCAGCAUCCGCCAGACUACCCGCAGGACGACGCGGGAAGUUUAACGAAGCUCGCGCAGAGUCAGCAGACGUCGCCCAGUACAACGGUGGAUCUGUCGGAUAAACUGGCGUCAUGGCCGGAGCCUAAAGCAGGCCAGAACGGCGAAUCAAUCCUGGACAAAUACCUGGGGGAUGGAGAUCUUGCGAGACAACUAGCCGUGUGA